CUGUGUGUGUAAGAGUCAUAGUGGAAGAAAUUGGAAAGUAGUGAGGAAAAUCAUGUCAUCUGCUACUUCCAUUGGAUUAUCAGCAAAUUCGUGGUUGCGCUAUCACGUAUCAAUGCCUCCUUCAUGUUUUCCAGUUUCAGUGUCUUAUUCUUCUUCUUCAAACUCUUCUAAGUUCUGCCAUUAUAUUCGGAGAGCAUCCUAUGAAGGUCUUCCUAAUGAGGUGGUUGAGGACUCCAAAUUCGUUCCUUUGAAUGCAGAGGAUCCUAUAUAUGGUCCACCUGCCUUAUUGUUGUUGGGCUUUGAAGCAGAUGAAGCUUUGAAGAUCCAACAGCUUUUAAAAGAGUUAGAUGGUGAAUUCCUCAAGGUAACAUCUCAUUUCUUCUCUUUCAUGGCCAUUUUUUUUUAAACCAAAAUCAAUGGG